AUGGGUUAUGAUCGUCAAAGAUCUCCGUUUGUCACACAACUUGUUUUAACAUGUUAUUGUUUAUUUUUAUUAUUAAAUGUAUUACUUGAUUCAAAUAAUAUAUAUAAAAUAAAAAAAGAAUUAUUAAAAUCUAAAUAUGAAAUUGAAACAAUAUCAUUAGGUUUAAUAAGUUUAUUUAUAUUUUCAAUUAGUUUUUAUGGUUUAUGGUUUGCAAGAAUAUUUAUUCUUUUUUUUAUUGGAUUAUUAUUUAUAAUAUUAUUAUUAUUAUCAUUAAUAACAGUUAUAUUAAUAAUAAUUAAUUCAAAUAGAUAUUUAUCAUUAAAAACUUCAAUUUAUAUCGUUCAUAAUUAUAUAUGGUUAAAUAAAUCCUCAACACAUAUAUUACAUAUAAUUAAUAUAAUAAUAAGUUGUUUAUUAAAUAUAUUUGCUUUAUAUUGUAUAUAUCAUUUAUGUUCAUGUAUUGAAUAUCGUCAUCAAUAUUGGCCUUAUAGAAAAAGAACAUCAACAA